AUGUCCUUUUCUAACUCACCUGCUGCUGCUGCUGCAACUGGCACUUUGGUUCAACAUGGUGGUGCCACUGCCACUACUAAUAACAGUUUGAUCCAAAAGAGUGCCACUGCUCCACAUUCACACCAAAAAGCUAAUAAUUACUGGCCAAACCCAUUUGAACUUCAUGAUUCUCAGAUCUUGGACAAAGUCUAUCUCACUCAUGUCACUGACGAUGAGUUUUGUGAUACUGAUAUCAUUUUCGACCUUGUCUCCACUCUUGUACUUCAGACUAAUACACAGAUUCCGGUAACCGGUUUCAAACCAGAUUUUCCUACACUGAAGCUCAUAUCUUGUCAGAUGAUAACUACACGUAGUGCUGCGCACUGCGUUCACCAAACAACACUGUGGAUUCUCCAAAACCUGAGAUCCUACUCUUGGAAUGCAAAAGCACUCAUAACUCUAGCUGCAUUCACUUUGGAGUAUGGAAACUAUUUGCACCUUACUAGGGUCACAGCAACAGACCCAAUUGGAAACUCGUUGAGACAACUGAAUCAAAUUCAAACCAGAAAAAUCUCAACUGAUAUAACUGAAUUGGUCUCAUUCAUAGUGCAUAAGUUGCUGCACCUAAAAGAGUGGGCAACAUGGUCUGCAGAAGGCUAUGAUCCAGAGGAUGUUCCUGCUUUGACUGAAGCCUUGCAAGAGAUUCCUGUCUUUGUUUAUUGGACUAUUGCUUCCAUUGUUGCUUCUACUGGCAACCUUGUCGGUGUCUCGGACUAUAAAUUAUCAGAAUAUAGAGAGAGGCUUUCUGGCAUUGUUCAGAAAUUGGUUGUGCAUUUGGACAACUGCAAGCUGCAAAUAAGCUACAUAGACGAUUUAUUUAACCGCAGGAAGAUCUUUGAUAAGCCCAAAGAUAUUGUUGAUUGUUUGAAAGCCCUGAUCCACCGUAACGGAACUGAUAGUCCUCAGAUCCAUGAAGGCGCCAUCUAUGUUAAAACGGGUCUUGAAAUUUUUAGGAACAAACAUGUGUUGGUGUUCAUUUCGAGUCUUGAUAGCAUUGACGAUGAGAUUUCACUUUUGAAUUCAAUCUAUGAAAGACUGCAAGAAAACUCAAAAGAAUCAAUAAAAGGUUUCAAGAAAGAAGACUUCAAGAUUUUGUGGAUCCCUAUUGUGAACAAUUGGGACGAAAUCCGCAAGGAACGUUUCAGAGCAUUGAAGAGUGGAAUCAAAUGGUAUGCAGUGGAGUACUUCUAUGAGUUACCAGGCCACAGGAUAGUAACAGAUCCAGAAAGAAUAGGGUACAUUGGUAAUCCUAUUAUCCCAGUGUUCAACCCUCAAGGAUACAUAACAAACAUAGAUGCUAUGGACUUGAUUUUCCAAUGGGGGAUAGAUGCAUUCCCAUUUAGGAAAAGUGAUGGUAUUGACCUUACUUUUAAGUGGAAAUGGCUUUGGGAUGUAAUCAAAAAAGCAACUCCUGGACUGCAGGUGAAAGGAGACAGAUACAUCUUUAUCUAUGGCGGUACCAACAACAAAUGGAUCCAAGAUUUUACACUUGAGCUUGAAAAGAUCAAAAGGCACGAGACUCUGAAACGUGCAGAUGUUAUAAUAGAGAAUUAUCAAUUGGGCAAAGACGAUCCUAACCGCGUUCCUAGUUUCUGGAUUGGUGUAGAAAGGAAGAAACAAAACAAGAAGCAUCAAGAAGCACUGGACUGUGAGAUUCAAGACAUUGUGAAAAGCUUGUUUUGUCUGAAAAGGGAUCCACAAGGAUGGAUUAUUCUAAGCAAAGGACAAAACAUUAAGCUUCUGGGUCAUGGUGAACCGGCUUAUCAAACAUUGGCUGAGUUUCAGAAUUGGAAAGAUAGAGUGUUGGAGAAGGAAGGGUUUGAUAUUGCAUUCAAAGAGUAUUAUGAGAUGAAAGCUAAAGAGCUAUCUGGUCGUGAACCAUGUGAAGUUGUUAAUGUUGAUACUUACAGCUCAAAUGUUAUAGCCACUAUAGCAUGCCCAAAUCCUAUGUGUGGACGUGUCAUGGAGGUUUCAUCUGUUCAUUACAAGUGCUGCCAUCGUGAUGAACCAAAUAAUUUUGGUAAUUGA